AUGAUGGGAUGGCUGCUGAUAAACCUCUCCAUCGCAGCGAAGCAGCAUGAGCUUCUGCUGAAACUCCCCGACACCUCACACGCGAUCACUCUCGCCUCGUUGAAUCUCACCACCAUCCUUCCGGCCAGCAUCGCCAGCAGCAGCAUCACCACUCUCCCUCUGAUCACGCUUCCUAUGUUCCUGUAUCAGAUCUUCACCGCUAUUUAUGUCCUGGACUAUUUCUGGUUCGAAGAGUACAUGACGUCGACAUGGGACAUUAUUGCCGAGAAUUUCGGCUUUAUGCUGGUUUUCGGGGAUUUGAUCUGGAUCCCUUUCACCUUCUCCGUCCAGGCAUGGUGGCUGCUGGCUCACGGCACUGCUCGCAACAGUAUCGCCGCCACCGUCUCUCUUCCCUUCGCUAUUACCACAGUCGCCGUUUUCGUUGUUGGCUAUGCCGUGUUCCGUGGUGCCAACCGCCAGAAGCACAUAUUCAAGCACGACCCAACGGCUAAAAUCUGGGGUAAAACACCUCGUGUUGUUGGCAGCAGACUGCUGGUCUCGGGGUACUGGGGCAUAGCUCGCCACUGCAACUACUUGGGCGAUUUGAUGCUGGCACUUUCUUACAGCCUGCCCUGUGCUUUCUACUCCCUCUGCCCCUACUUCUACCCUAUCUAUCUGCUCAUCCUUCUGCUCUGGAGAGAGCGUCGGGAUGAGGCUAGGUAUCGCGUCACCAACCAAACUGUGGCAAGGUGUUCGCCGCUCGCUGCUGCGAGAACCGCCCUCUCCCGCACAUCUCCCUCACGUACCUCCAUUCUUGGAAAUCAAGCCCGUCGAAUUGGAAAACACCAUGUCAAGACGGGGGUGAGGGUGGCAGCGGUAGCGACAAACGAGCAAGGGGAGGAUGGGGGUGCAGAGUGCCUGGCAGCGGCUGAUCGCCCUCCGUUCGACCUCAACCUGGCGGUGCUGCUGGCGGGAUUCGCGUUUGAGUCGUACAACACCCCGCAGGAGGACAAGGAGACCCUGUGGGAGGAGGACGUGGGGGGCUGUCGCACCAUCUUCACAUCCUACGGUUUUGCUUACGAGCUCUACUCCGGCCAGCUCAUUGUGACGGUCCAAUCCGCAUCUGACGUGCCAGCCGUCGAUCUCUGGGGCACCAGCGACCCCUACGUGCAGGCAUCAGUGGGGGAGGCGUCUGUGCGCACGCACACCAUCUGGACGUGA